CCAAAUUAUCCACACCCACGCUCUCCGCUUUCCACUCCCGGAGCUCGCUCGCACGCCGCGGCCGGGCACCAUGGCCUCCUCCUUCCUCUCCCUACGCCUCCCCACCCCGUCCCCGCCCCCGGCAUCCUUCCCCCUCUUCUCCCCGAACCCCCUUGUCCGGUCCGCGCGGUGGUGCGGCGCGCCGUCGUCGGCUCUCGUGGCGCGCGUAGCCGGGUCAGCGGCGGGGGCUCCGUCCCCAUUGUUCAACCCGAGGGGCGACCCGUUCCUGUCUACCCUAGCCGCUGCCUCUCCGGAGGAGCUAGCGGCCGCAGCAGGUGGCGAGCACCGCGGCGACGACCACCUGCCGUUCCUCGAGAUAUUCCAGAACGCCAAGCUCAUGUCCUCGCCCGCGCAGGUGGAACGUUCUAGCAGUUCUUACAGUCAGCACAGUCCUAGAAGGCCUCCCCCAGAUUUGCCAUCACUGCUUCUACAUGGCCGAAUUGUUUACAUUGGCAUGCCGUUGGUGCCGGCAGUUACAGAGCUUAUCGUUGCCCAGUUGAUGUACCUUGAUUGGACAAAUAGUAGUGAACCUGCAUAUAUAUACAUCAACUCAACAGGAACAGCUCGUGAUGAUGGUGAACCAGUUGGGAUGGAGACAGAAGGCUUUGCUAUCUACGAUGCAAUGAUGCGGAUGAAAACUGAGGUCCUAUGGUGGUUCGGACGCGUGCCUUCUGCCGACGUGGCUAUUUGGACCCACCUGUCAGAUGCCAAGAUCCACACUCUUUGUAUAGGAGCUGCAGCAGGUCAUGCUUGUCUUGUCCUUGCAGCAGGAAAGAAAGGCAAACGAUACAUGUUUCCGCAUGCCAAAGCUUUGAUUCAGCAACCUCGUAUUCCUUCAUAUGGGAUGAUGCAAGCAUCUGAUGUUGUUAUCCGAGCGAAAGAGGUCGUGCACAACAGGAACACCUUGGUCAAACUUUUAGCAAGGCACACAGGAAAUCCACCAGAGAAAAUAGACAAGGUGAUGAGAGGACCAUUUUAUAUGGAUUCCUUGAAAGCCAAGGAGUUUGGGGUCAUUGACAAGAUCCUUUGGCGCGGUCAGGAGAAGUACAUGGCUGAUAUGCUCUCCCCUGAGGAGUGGGACAAAGUUGCUGGAGUGAGAGGCCAUGGCAGAAUGUGAAGUUAUACAUCGGAACUGAAUACUUAUGGUUUGACAUUGUGCAUGUUAGGCCUCUAAGCUCGCAGGGAGCCAGGGACUGAAAACAACUAUCACUGAACAAUCUUGCCUGGUGAUGAUGACAGUGGUUAGAGCCAAGGGGAUACCUGUUUUUACAAAUAAGCGUAGAUUAGAGCUCAGGCCAUCAAGUUACUGUGCAUGGUGUUUGGAUUAGAGCUAGCAAGUGUUUUUGGUGGAACUAUUUGCAGUUUCUCUGCUCAUUUCCAGUCCCAAGAUUGUUGUAUUCACUGCUAGUGUAUAGUUUACACGUUUCAUGAACCCAAAGGGGGAAAACAGCCAAGCUCAGAGUGUCAUCAUCAUGAACAUGAAUACAGGAGAAUCAUGUACGUCUGGGUAUCUGAUGUACUUAGCGCUCUUGUGAUUCGCAGUACUUCUGGGUAUUCUAUGUACUUGUAAGAAUUUUGGAUGUAUUUUCCGAGGAAUUACCGAGGAUUGUAUCAGCCAUGGGUAGCUAACCAUUGCGUCACUGCGUUUUCAAAGGAAUCUCAA